AAAAUUAAAGCAUGAAAUUGAUAUAAAAAAUAUACAGCUAAGCAUAUACUGAUCGACCAUUUAUAUGGGCCACAUGCGAAAAAAACAAGAGUAAGAAAACAAGUUAAACACAAUAGAAUAAUCAGAUGUAAAUAUUAUAUUUUCAAUUCAAAAUAACAAAGCAAAGGGAAUUUACGUAGUACCGUUAAUUAAGUCUUCGGAUCAAAUUAAUUAUUGAAUUACUUUAUCACAAUUAAAAAACACCACAUUUAUAUGCAAUUAAAAUUAAAAAUCAUAAUAAACUAACUAACUAAACUGCAUACGAUGCGUAUCUUUGUAAAAUAGGGGUGAGUUUUUCCAAUACGUCAGUCCAUCAUUAUUGACUUGAUUAGAGACUUUAUGAACGAGUAAGCGAUUUGACAGAUUAUAUCCCUGACCUCGGGUCUACAAGUAAAUCUAGUGUUGUCCCAUGUAGAUUUGGUCUUGUUGUGUCACAUCAUAUCAUCACCAUGAAGACCUCGGGUGUCAGGGAGCCGUGCGUGUCCUCCUGGGGCAGACGGGGACAGACACAGUGGGAGGGAUGGAGCAGGAUGUUGCCCAGUGGAGGGGGCUGAGGCGGUACAGCAUACUUUAUCCCUCCUUGAGCGAAUCCACGAGCUCUGAUCCAUAGGUGGAAAGCUGAGAGAUCAUCUCACUCUACAUCACAGAAAUGUAACAAUUGCAAGUCAGUCUGGAGAAAAAUAAGAGAGAGGGGAUUUUAAGGAGACCGAAAGCAUCAAAGUCUGCACUAUUAAGGAGGAUUUGAGGACUCUGCGUUCAUAAUCCGACAUCAGAGGCGGAUUGUGAAUCCAAAUAAUUUAUGUUAAUUUCAGAUUUUAAAGAAUGUGCUGCUAUUUGAAAAGCACCGAGAGAAGAAUUUGACAUCAGCCGCUAUAGUUAAAUAUCUGUGGGGGGGGGGUUGGGGGUGGGCUGCUUGUGCUCACCGUGGGCUUGCUCCCAGAAGUGAUUUGCAGCCUCUUCGGUCAUUUGCGUCUAAAAGAGGAGUCUGCUAUCAAAGGUUGUAUCGGACUACUGUGCGUGUGUGCUCGUCACACACACACACUCACACACACACGCUCACCGGAGUUACCGCUAUUUCGGACCGGGGGGAUGAUUUCAGUGCGUCGGUUUCGCGAUGAUUGUCUCCUAAUUGCUCAGGUCCGACUGCGGUCUGCCAGACUUUGUAAGGAACGGAGAUUAUUGCCUGCUGUCAAUGUUUAUCAAAUCCACGGCAGCCCGGGGUGCGAAUCCAAUGCAGGGGAUCGCGAGCGCAUCGUGAGGAGUGACAACUGACAUUAACACGACGAGCCACGGAAAGGUCCGGAUCAACUUCCAAACCCGAUCGCGCACAAGUUUUCAGGUCAGGAAUACAAGAAUCGAUGGUUCUCAGAGGACAGGAGACACCAUAGCGACACCUAAGCCUACAACAUGUUCAAAAGGGGCUGUGGGCUGGAGUUCCUGCUGGUUCUCUGUGGGCUUGAGUUUUCCUGGUCCUGCCCGCGCCACUGCAUCUGCUACACUGCGCCCAGCACGGUCUCCUGCCAAGCCCACAACCUCCUGACGGUCCCUGAAGGCAUCCACCCCGACAAUGAGCGCAUCUUCCUACAGAACAAUAAGAUCCAUCGCUUACUCCGGGGACACUUCAGCCCCAAUACGGUCACACUCUGGAUCUACUCCAAUAACAUCUCGUAUAUAGAGCCGUCCACCUUCCACGGCUUUACGCUUCUCGAGGAGCUCGACCUCGGAGACAACCGUCACUUGCGCUCCUUGGCAGAAGAUACUUUCCACGGGCUGAAUCGGCUCAAUGCGCUUCACUUGUACCGUUGUGGGCUCAGUUCACUCCCUAACAACAUCUUCCAAGGCCUCAGAAACCUGCAGUAUCUCUACUUGCAGGAUAAUCAUCUGAAGUUCCUUCAGGAUGACACCUUUAUGGACCUCCACAACCUGAGCCACCUGUUCCUGCAUGGCAACCGUCUGUGGAGCCUCAACCAGAACACCUUUAGAGGUCUCCGAGCAUUGGACCGACUGCUUCUGCACCAAAACCAGAUUGAGUGGGUUGACCGCCUGGCCUUCCACGACCUGAAACGUCUCACCACUCUCUACCUGUUCAAUAACACCCUUGUACAGCUCUCUGGACAGUGCCUGGACACACUGCCCGCAUUGGAAUACCUACGCCUCAAUGACAACCCCUGGUCAUGUGACUGCAAGGCCCUGUCACUAUGGGAGUGGUUGAAGCGUUUUCGAGGCUCCACGUCUUCAGUGGGUUGCCAGGCACCGGCUGAAAUUUUUGGGAAGGACCUCAAGGAUCUGCGCAAAGAAGACUUCCCCAACUGUUCACCCACCUUACCUAAUUCUGAGUCCAGAGCCCAGACUAACAAUUUAUCUGGCACGGUGAAUCCGUCCAUGAACCGCGGCGUGGUGGUGGGUUCUGGAGGGCAGACCCACAUUGUGCACCCUUCAAGGCCUGGCCGCUCUCGGAACUGCACGAAGCCUCGUGUCAGAGGCAAGGGCAAGGGUGACAAUGAGGUUCACCACUCAAAGGAGGCCAUAGCAGACAAGGAUGAUUCCUCCCCGGAUUUCACAGAGGGGGGGAAACACGACCACACAUCCCCGGAUGGCACCGUCACACGGAGGAAGCACAAGUGUACUCCCAGGACCACUGUUCGCCCCCCUAGUGGGGUUCAGCAAGCCAACAACAGGGCAACCUUUUCCCAGUCAUUACUACAUGUCUGUGCCCUCUGCGCGGCCUUGAUAACGACAAAUAUUGACUUCAUUCUCCGUUGACCCUCAAAGGGUUUGGAAAGUGAGAGAAAGAAAAAAAACAGCCCUCAGACCCUCUCUUGCUCCUGCACUACUAGGCCUGUGUGUCUUUUAUGUAUGUGUGUGAGUGUGAUUAUUUGUGUAAAUGUAGUGUAGGGAGCUUUACUGUUUAGACUGAAACAGGCAUUGAAAGCAUCAAACAUCUACAACAGAAGGACUCACUGCACAAAAAUCAAGAAGACUGUGAGAGUAUGACAAAAGAUUAUUGCAGACGAAGCUUGCACUGCCAUUGAUGCCAGUAUGAUUUCAUCCACAUAUGUCCUGGUACCUUGUAUUUUUAACUUUUUUUUCCCCAACUGGAGUUCCUUUUACCUGGCAAAAAUAGACAAACGGAAGGAGAGAUGACAGAGCAAAAUAGCUGAAGUUGUUAGCCGUGGAAUGCUCCAUCCAGCUUUAAAUUUACGUUCGCAGUUCUUAUCAAGCACAAACUACAGGUCAAUGACCCUGUCAGCCCCCAUGUGUCGGUCCGUUUUUCUUUCAUCCUGUUUGCCAAAUGUAUUUUGUCCAGACAAUUGGGUGUAUUGACUUUUUCUAAUAAACAAAAAACUGUAAGCUUGGCAAUAACUAGUCAUUCAGUUUCAGACAACGGAAUGUGCCAUUAACAACGUGAAAUGGAAAUCUAUUGCCACAGAUGUUUAAAGGCUAUAAACAGAGCAACCAUUAGCUCACACGCUGUGUGAAAAUCUCUGCACAAUGCUGACCUUUUUUAGGUUCUGUAUCAAUCUUUCGAACAGCAGUUCUCACUGCAAAUACUUGCUUUUCUACAUAUAGCUCUGAUUCCAUCUUCCCAUACACCACUUUUCUCUCUCUGUGCAACUGAAUACUCAGCAGUCAAUUGUUUAAAGAUGACGAGGACUCGACUCACGCUUUUUUCAUUUGCUUGGAAAAACUAUGUGUGUUGGGUUCCUGGGACAUCAAGCUGUGAAUAUCAACGGAUUGUGUCUAUACCUUGUGUCAGAUGUCGUUCAUUUGAUUUUUAUUAGACACAAAGUGGACCGAGAGACAGUUCCUGCUGCGGGGCCAACAGGAGCCUUAGAGGUGGAGGGUCAAAGGGGCGUUUUCUCAGUGUCCCGGUGAGGUUGUGCUGAACUGAUCCCUCCGGAGUGAGGACAAACCUCCCUCAUUGAGAAUGUUUCUUAAUCACUCAACUUCAAAGAAACACAGCACUCCAGAAAAGUGUGCGUGCGAGACAUCAAUGACUCAAUAAAACAUUCAAAAAACAUUUUGAAAGGAGCAUGGUAUAAUACAGAAGAAAUGAUACCAAUUAAUUAACUGAUGUGAUUGUCCUUGGAUGCAGGGAUCCAAGACAACCGGGUUUGUAGGAUUGCGGGACGUCUUACUGUACUUCUGGAGCUUUUGUGCCUCCCUUAGAUCUACCGAUAAGAUGGUGUUUGUAUCAAUGUGAACUAUACCAGUAACAAUGGAGACGAGAGGACUUCUUGCAGUGCUGAUAUUAAUCAUUUACUGUAUUACUAUGAGAAAAAACAGUAUCAGUGACAUUGAUGAUGAUAACAGGGUUUUCAGCUCCUCCUUUCAGGAGGUGUCUUACGUUUUUUGAUUUUACUGUGAUUCGUUUAUUAAAGUAUUUUUCAUGUUAUAUUUUUAGAGCCUUUUAUUUGUUAAUGCACAAUUUCUCACAUACCUAUUUCUUGUUCUUGUUAUAUGCCUAUUCAUCUUCUUUCAUUGCCAUCAUUCAAAUGUUCAGCAAGUUAUCAUCAGAAAACUGCAAGAUGUUUAUAA